AUGCUUCGACAUAACUACAUGCGUGGCAAGAGGUACCUAAUUGGGGAAACCCUCUUUGGGGGCAUGAGUACCCAAUUGCGCGAUGUACGUGUUGGCACCUUUGGAAAUUUCCAUCAGAUAAGUUGGAAAUACGCAAAAUGCUAUAGAUCCUUUGCGGAGAAUGUUAUAUGGGGAGGAGCGUGCAGGCCUCUGAGGAGGGAAUACAUGAGGAGGGAAUGCAUGAGGGGGGAAUACAUGAGGAGGGAAUGCAUGAGGAGGCACAAAUUGGUGGAACAUGUUCGAAGUGUGAGUGGUCAGUCCAAUAACGCGAACGGGGGGAGAAGACCCCCCCCAAGGGGAGAUCGAAGAGAAGAUGACACAGAAGUAAAGCGAAGAAACAGUAGUGAGAGAAAAGAACAACUAGAAGAGGAGAUGAAAAAACUACAUGAAGAAAUAGAAAAGGAAAAAGGAAACCAUAAAAAAGUUCUCCUCCUAAUCUUUACAUGUGUAGUAUCGGUAUACAUGUACUUUGAAUCAUAUGAUCCUGAAUUUUUUUUGUAUGAUAUUUUUUUAAAAUUUCUUUUAAAGUAUGUUGACGGGGAGAUGUGCCACGAUCUUUUUCUCCUAAUGGGAAAAUACAACAUGCUACCAUAUGAUACAAGUAAGGAUAGUAUAUAUUCUUGUACAGGAAUAGGAGGGUUGAAUUUUAUUAAUCCCUUUGGAGUGGCAGCCGGGUUUGAUAAAAACGGAGUGUGCAUUGAUGGCAUUCUCAAAUUGGGGUUCUCUUUUAUAGAAGUUGGAACGAUAACUCCUAAACCACAGAAAGGAAAUGACAAGCCAAGGAUUUUCAGAGAUGUGGAAACAAGGAGCAUUAUAAAUUGCUGUGGUUUUAACAACAUUGGUUGUGAUGAAGUCACUGAGAAUUUGAAACGCUUUCGGGAGAAGCAGAAGACAGACAAAUUGCUCCAUAGACAUUUUGUUGGUGUUAGUUUAGGCAAGAAUAAGGAUUCUGCAGAUAUUCUGGAGGAUCUGAGUUACUGCAUAUCUCGAAUUGGCAAGUACGCAGAUUAUAUAGCCAUUAAUGUGAGCUCCCCUAACACUCCCGGUUUGCGGGAUAACCAACAAUCGGAGCGCCUGCAGAGAAUUAUCUUGCGGGUGAAGGAGGAGGUGGAUAAGUUGGAGGAGAGUAACGUCGUGGGGGAUGAUGUGGUACGUGGCGAUACAUGGGUGAACACGAGCAAGAGGAAACCCCUCGUCUUCGUGAAACUGGCUCCAGAUUUAGAAGAAGGAGAGAAAAAAAAAAUAGCAGAUGUGCUACUUAAAACAAAAGUCGACGGGAUGAUUAUUUGCAACACCACUACGGAAAAAUUUAACAUAAAAAAUUUUCAAGACAAAAAAGGAGGAGUGAGUGGAGAAAAACUGAAAGAUGUAUCAACAAAGUUUAUUUCACAAAUGUAUAAUUAUACGAACAAGAAAAUUCCUAUAAUUGCCUCUGGAGGAAUAUUUACCGGGAAGGAUGCGUUGGAGAAAAUUGAGGCGGGGGCUUCGGUAUGCCAGCUGUACUCUUGUUUGGUCUUUAAUGGAAUGAAGGCGGCAGUUCGAAUAAAGCGUGAGUUGGACCACUUGCUUUAUCAGCGGGGGUACUACAAGUUGGAGGAUGCCAUUGGGAAGGCCCACCGGCGGGGCGGGUAG